UUUGGCUGGCCGCUACGCACUUCCCGGUUUUUGCGCACGUCAGGUCUUCAUCUCAGCUUAAUAUGAGCGUCCUUCCUGCAAGAUUUCGGCUCCAAUAUCCUUCAAACUAGGCUCAACAAUCUGCAUGCAAUUCCAAGCAGCAGAAGGUUGGUAUUCGGCACUGCCAUGGUUUCUUUCGGUAAUACUGCCAUUGGUAACAUUGCAACUUCUAUACUAGUUCAGGGGAGAUGGUGCAGCUGAGAAUGUGGCUUAAAGUUAGAAUCCUUCGGCCCACCAUAUAGGAUCUCUACAAGUACUGGCAGCCGAGAAUCAAUUUGACGUCUGGUCCUCCGCCAGCUCCACGGUGCGUGCUUCUUGAGCUCAGCCGUUGUUGUCACAUCUUGCAGCUAAUCUGUUCAGUUCGUUCAUCUGUACCAGCUGAUGUGAGACUUUUUGGUACCUUUCCUUAAGCCAAGGAAUAUGGGCUUCCACUUGCUUUCUAGAGGCUGCCAGCUGCAACACUGCGCUCAAAGAUUAACAACAUUCAGUGGUUCACUGCGCUUUCUACACUUAGUCAGUAGAUUGCAGCAGACUAUUGGAAUCGCGUUUGACAUAGACGGGGUUCUCUUGCGGGGUAAAACACCAAUCGAAGGGGCCUCCGCGGCUCUGAAACAGCUGCAUGGGACGGGUCCUGGGGAUCAAGACGGCAAGACCAAGGCAGGCCAGGCCCUCAUCCCCCAUGUCUAUCUUACUAACGGGGGCGGCGUGACGGAAGCGGCCAAGGCGGAGGAGCUUGCUUCGCUCCUGGACGUCCCCGUCUCAGAAGAACAGGUCAUUCUUGGUCAUACCCCGUUCAAAAAUUAUGUCGACAGGUAUCGAGAUCAGCGGGUGCUCUCCGUCGGGAAGGGCGACACGAAGAAAGUCAUGGAGGCAUACGGAUUCCGGCAUGUUGUCCCAAUGGAGGAGUACGUUCACGAGUUUCCCGACAUCGAUCCGCUCGCCCCCUAUGGCCCUUCCGCCCGGCAGACGGAAGCGCGGAACCCGCCCGACCUCCCACCAGAACACCGAAUCGCCGCGGUGUUCGUAGUCAGCGACCCCGUCAACUGGGGCCGCGACAUACAGGUCUUAUGCGACGUCCUGCGAUCCGGCGGUUUCCCCGGUCAUGCCGACACACCGCACCCUCCCCAAGUUCCCCUCUUCCUAGCAGCCGACGAUUUUGAGUACCAAGCCAUGUUUCCAGUCCCGAGAUUCGGCAUGGGCGCUUUCCGGAUAGCGCUCGAAAGCCUAUUUAACAGGUUAUAUCACAAACCCCUCUCCCACGUCGCCUACGGCAAGCCUAGCCCCGAGCCGUAUCGUUUCGCUCUCGAAGCCCUUCGGAAGCAGCACGCGCAGCUCUGCCGGCCGGCGGAUCCGAGCGCCACUGUUUCGUUCGACCGAGUCUACAUGGUUGGCGAUAACCCCAAAACGGACGUCCGAGGAGCGCUCAAUGCAGGGCACCCUUGGAGGCCCAUCCUCACCCGCACAGGGGUGUACCGGGGAAAUCAUCGCGUGUACAAAAGCCCAGGGGACGGCCCGGGAGAAAGCGGCCCCCACUCUUUUGAAACACCGGUCAUGUCUACCGUAUCGGAAGCAGUCGGAUUCAUACUAGCAGAGUCGCAAAUGCAGCCUCGAUAGGUCACCCGUUACAAAUCGAAACAAUCAGUAGUACAAUUGACUGGCUUUUAUACGUUUCUAUCAAUUGCUUCCAGAAGCUACACACCUGAGACAUGCUUCGCAAACUGCAUCGCUUGGUGAUGUGCCGGCAUGCAAAGUAACUUGCAAACGGGUUGACUCUCACGACCGGCCACGAGUAAUGUUCCCUUUCC